AUGCUUUGUCUUAAAUGCCUUCAACAUUUUAAGAAAUUCUACACAAUUAUUGCGCAACUAGCAUUACAUAUCGUUGCCAUAGAAACGGACAUUUACUACACCGUUGAAUUAGAUCAUCACCCGUCUAUAACACCCGAAAUAAUGGCCAAACACGCCAUUCUACCACCCUUGACCAUUGAUUGCUUGGAGGAAAUCUUGAAUAAUCUUCUGGAUAACAAAGGGUCUCUUUACUCUUGUGCCUUGGUCAACCGUACUUGGAGUCGGUUGGCUAUUCCUCUGAUAUGGUAUAACCCAUUUUUCGAUAAAUUAAGUAAAAGUCAAAUAAAAACUAUAUUCGAAUUGUACUCUUCCUGCAUGCCCGAAGAACUAAUUCACGUGCGUGUAGGAAAAAAGUAUUUUCCUAAAAAAACAAAGAAACCUUUGUUUGAUUAUGUGAAAUGUUUACGCGGAAUUGACUGGUCGAAUUUUCUGUCAGCAAUAUGUUCGUGGAUCGACACUUUUUAUCCCACAGAUCGUGAGAGAACCAAUUUUUUUGAUCAUUUCAUCGGUUCCCUUUUGACUCGAUGUAAUGGACUAAGAGUUCUGACACUAAAGGACGAAGUAGACGAGGAAUACAUGCAUUACUUAAUUAACUACACCAACUUCCAUUUAUUAUUCUCCAAGCUCGAAACAUUUGAGAUUCAAUUUAAUCUAGACAUGCGGAGGCACGUUUACAUCCCUCAUCUACUUUCACAAUUAUCAAGCUGUUCACAUAAAAUUCAACAUAUGAAGUUACACAUAGGAGCCCACAUUCCGUUAGAAACUUAUGAGGCGUGUUGGAAUUUGAUUGGUGUUCAGAGAAAUCUCAAGAACCUUCAAAUUUGGAAUUACGAAGAGACCGAUUUGUUCUAUUCACGACUCGCAACCCAGUCGCGAUCUUUAACCUCACUCAACAUUAACGCCGAUUUAGAAUUACGCACCUUACUCCCCUUCUUAAUGAAUUGCAAGAAUUUGGAAACUUUGGAACUUUGGAAAAUUCCUGUUGUUGACAUGGAAUCUCUCUUGUGCUUUUCAAAUUCAUCGACAAAUUUGCCUAUCAGGAGAAUUAUCUGUCAUGGGUGGGCACAGGAUAUUGAAGAUGUCACUAUCUCCAUGAGCAUGUUGAUUUGUAUGACGAAUCAUAACUUGAGAGAAUUUUACCUGUACAAAGAAAGUGUUACCCAGAAACUUUUAGACGUGAUCUGUCAAAAUUGCCCCAAUCUCACCGACCUUUACCUUAGUUUCAAUGCAUUAUCAUUAGAAAAUGUUUCAUGUCUCUCAAGAUUACCGCUCCGUUCAUUGGGGAUGGUGAAUCGGGAUGCAAAAUCAUACUCGAUCGAGUUACUCCGACAAAUUGCAAGUUCAUUACCAUCAACCAUAGAUGAUUUGGAGGUCAACUUUGGAUGCACAUCGCAAGGAUUGCAAUAUUUCCUUGCUAAUUUUGGUGGGAAAAUGAGAAAAUUUACGUUCGGUCGAACGGGAAUAGGUGAUCAGUAUUUGGAAGUGAUCAUUCAUUAUGCCAAGACCAAAAAGAGUUUGCAAGAAUUUCGAUAUCCACAGAUGGCGUUUAAUUUCAAGCCGCGUGCUUAG